AUGAAUAUCGGCGAUAAAUUCAUCUAUAAAUUAUUGGAUCCACAAUUACAAAGUGGAGACGUAUUCAGAGGUGAAAGAGUAUUUUCACCUAAUCCAAGAACUAUUUAUGGCGGUGAACUUAUGGCACAAGCAUUGAUGGCUGCCAGUAAAACUGUACCAGACGGCUAUAGACCUAAUAGCCUACACUGUUACUUUCAUGAUCGAUCGAGCGUUUCAGAACCAAAUGAUUAUUAUGUUACCAAACUCCGUGAUGGACGUUCAUUUUGCCAUAGAUUAGUUGAAGCUUUCCCGAUAAAUAAAGACAAUGUCGUAACUCCUUACUUUCGCAUGGAUUGUUCGUUUAAAACUCCUGAAAAAGACCCGGCAUCUUUUUUGUCUUCUAUGCCAAAAGUUCCAUCGGUUGAAGAAAUUCAAGAUUUUAAUACGUAUUUAAAGUCACUUGAUAUCGAGAGUUUACCAGCUGUAGCACGAGGUCGCAUACAACAGUUUCUGAAUUUUGAUGCUAAUUCGCCUAUUGAAACUAGAUUUUGUGAGCCAGAAUAUGGCCUUGGCCUUAAGUCUAAUGUUGGCGGUCGACUGCAUUCUUGGAUGCGUUUAAAAGAAGCCCCAUCUAUCCCCCUGCACUCUUAUCGUGAUGCUAUGCUAGCGUAUUUAUCUGAUGCUCUUUUGUUAUGGGUUGCCCUUACUGAACCACAUCAUGUUCAUUAUUUGGUAACUUUAAAUCAAAGCAUAUGGUUUCACAAUCCAGAUAUAUGCCCUGAACCAAAUGAGUGGAUUCUUUUCGAAACACGAGCUAAUUACGUAGGUGGCGCCUUAACGCUUUCAUAUGGGGAAAUUUGGAACAAAGAAGGUCACCUUUUGGCAAGCAUGGCUCAGCAAGGCCUGAUGCGCACUCAACAACUAAAGCCAGUUUCAUCCUAUACAUCAAUGGGUGAACUUGCGAAACAACCGCCGAAAUAA